GGUUGCCACAGAUCACAGCGGGGGAGACUUUGCAUUUCUUUCCAACACCACGUCCACCAAUGUUUCGUCGUUCAGGUCAAUCCUUUGCUUCCGACCUCGGUCGCCGGUCAUUCUCGGUUUCGGCCUCUCGAAAGAGUUAUGCCGACACCAUACACAACCUACGUAUUCACAAAGACACUAAAGUACUCUGUCAAGGUUUUACUGGAAAGACGGGAACCUUUCACGUGAAAGAGGCUUUGGCUUAUGGAACAAACAUGGUUGGGGGUGUCUCCCCAAAAAAAGCAGGCCAAACGCAUCUUGGCCUCCCUGUUUUCGGUAGUGUCAAAGAGGCCGUUCAGGCAACAAAACCUGAUGCAACUAUCCUUUAUGUUCCUCCCCCCACCGCUGCUGAUGCCAUAAUUGAAGCCAUCGAGAACGAGAUUGGUUUGAUUGUUUGCAUAACGGAGGGUAUUCCUCAGGCCGAUGAAAUCAAGGUCAUGAAUGCCUUGAAGAGCCAAUCUAAAUCUCGUCUCGUCGGCCCCAACUGCCCCGGCAUCAUCAACCCACUAGGUUGCAAAAUGGGCAUCCAGCCUGGUCACAUCCACAAGCCAGGGAAGAUUGGUAUCGUUUCGCGCUCCGGAACCCUUACAUACGAAGCUGUCGCUCAGACCACCGGUGUUGGUCUCGGCCAAUCACUAUGUAUUGGCAUUGGUGGUGACCCAUUUCCCGGCACUCAGCAUAUAGAUGCCCUCAAAGUUUUCAUGGAAGAUGAUGCGACUGAAGGUAUUGUUGUCAUCGGUGAAAUUGGUGGUUCCAUGGAAGAGGAAGCUGCCGAUUACCUUGAAAAAUACAACAAGACUCGUAAGAACCCCAAACCUGUCGUUGGGUUCAUCGCAGGACGCACUGCUCCGCCUGGGAGACGCAUGGGCCAUGCUGGUGCUAUCAUUUCCGGUGGCAAAGGUGCUGCAGUAGACAAGGUUGCUGCUCUUGAGAGAGCUGGCGUUAUAGUGACAGACAGUCCUGCAAAGAUUGGUGCUGAGAUGCUCAAGGCAAUGAAGGCGGCAGGUCUCGUAUAGAUAGAUAUUACCGCUAUACCAAUGUACCAUUUCAAUCAACUAUUUUAUUAGGCCAAUAA